AUGUCGGAGCUUCCAUGGGAUAUAGUAGAGGAGAUUCUUUGUCACGUUCCGACCACAUCUCUAAAACGGUUACGAUCUAAUUGCAAAAGAUGGAACCGUUUAUUCAACGAUACAAGAUUCGCACGAAAGCACUUCGAUAAAGCCGUAAGACAGUCUCUAAUUCUCAUGUUGACAGUGGAAUGUAGGUUUUUAUUGAUGAACGUCAAUCUCCAUGGAGUCUCAGCUAGAGAUGUAACAGAUAAAGAAGAGAAACACCUCGGCACAUUCUUAGUCAGUUUUGAUUAUACAAAAGAGAGAUUUGAACGUCUGGGUCUUCCGUGUCACCGUGGAACUGCGGCUGUCUCCGUUGUUAGAGAAGAAAAACUUACCGUGUUAUUACAUGACGCAAAUACAUCAAGGACAGAAAUAUGGGUGACAAAUAAGAUUGAUGGUACCAAAGUGGUGGCGUGGAGCAUGGUCUUAGCAAUGGAUCACCCUGAACUUGUUUUUGGGUUUAGGGUAAGUUUUUUGGUCGACGAGGAGAAGAGAUGCGUUGUGUGUUGGGGUCAGAAACGUAUGGUCAAGGAUGGCAAGAUUCACUACAAAGUCAUGGUACACAUAAUUGAUGAGGAUAAUAAAGUUACAAAAGUGGAUUUUGCACCAUCUACAAUGAGUUCAUAUCGGCCACUUUUGCUCAAUUAUGUUCCAAGUUUGGUUCAAAUCCAGUGA